UGUUGAAGGACCUAGGCUGGGCAGAGGGGUUGCAGGAGCAGCAGCAGCAUCGCUGUUCAUAACCUUCUACUCAUCGGAUGCUGUUUGCCCAUAGAGCACCUGUGGAGUGCGUUGUGAAGCUGAUGACAGGACAAUCCUGCUGAGCGACUCACUUUGGGAGUUUAGAAGAAUGCCUGAAAUACUCAGGAUGCAUUAAGGGGCACAUGUGAACUUGUCAGGCAGAGAUGAGUCUGACUUCCUGGUUCCUGGUGAGCGGUGGGGGGACACGCCAUCGCCUCCCCAGAGAGAUGAUCUUUGUAGGAAGGGAUGACUGUGAGCUUAUGCUGCAGUCCCGUAGUGUGGACAAACAGCAUGCUGUCAUCAACUAUGAGCCAAAUACGGAUGAACAUAAAGUUAAGGACCUGGGCAGCUUAAAUGGGACAUUUGUCAACGAUGUCAGAAUACAGGAGCAAAUCUAUGUCACGCUGAAAAUUGAUGACAAAUUGAGGUUUGGAUAUGAUACCAACCUGUUUACUGUGGUUCGAGGAGAGAUGCAUAUUCCUGAGGAGGCCCUCAAGCAUGAAAAGUUUAGCAGCCAACUUCAGUUGAACCAGAAGAAACUCCCAGAGGCAGAAUCAUCCAAAUCUCAAGUCAAACCACCUGAGGCAGCAGCUGCACCGGUGUGUGAGGGAGCCACUGCCAAGCCAAGUGAGGCCAACAGGUCAGAGGACAAGGCAACAGGGGAUGUCACAGUGCUGCACAGGGGUACCCCCCUGUAUGGCCAGCCUGCCUGGUGGGGAGAUGGAGACACUGAAGACCAGCAUCCAGGAAAGUCAGAGGACAAGAGUUCAGACCGGAAACGAGAAAAAGUUGAAGCAGAAUCUAAGAAAAGUGAGGAGAUCCCAAAGUGUACCCUGCAAACAGCCUCUAAUCAGGAGCCUAGCUACUUCGAGAUCCCAACAAAGGAUGCAAAGGAUCCCUCAGGAAGUAAAGUCAGCAGUGAAUCCAUCUCAAAAGAACAAGAGGGUGGUGCUUCUGCUGCAGCAGAGCCCGCCCAUGGCCACGCCUCCUUCACCAUUGAGUUUGAUCCUGGGGCCUCAGGUAAAGUGACUGUCAAAGACAGGGUUGCGAAGGUAGGACCAGAGACCAGGCCACGCCCUAAAAGGGCUGUUGGGGAGGAGCUGAGUCCUCUUCAGACAGCCAUGGUCGCAGCAGAAGUCAAAGUUGCUGACUGGCUUGCUCAGAAUGAGUUACCAUUGGCUCUGAAAGAAACGGUUGCAGAGGAUGAUGGAGAAAGCGUGAAAAGCGAUGUGCCUGUACAACUGCGGAGUCUUAAAGGUAGUAAACAUGAGGAUGGCACUCAAAGUGAUUCAGAAAAUGCACUGGGUGAACAGCGCAGGGCUGCAGCGCUAGAAGAGCGCUCAUGGGGACUCUGGGGAAGCACGGGGAUGAAGAUCAGAGAGGGUCGUGCAAACGUACCAGAGGGUCUCUUUGCAGAGGAAGACAGUCCUGCACGUCGUCGUAAACCUUCAACAUCCAAAGUGGCAGAGAGGAGACGUGGCUCAGCACCCCAUCAACAGAGCGGGCGCGACGAGUGCUAUCAUCAUGGAGAUGAUUAUAGUGAUAGAGGGACUUAUACCAUCGAGCUGGAGAAUGGAGAUCAUGAAGAAGAAGAGGCUAGGAAACUGAUUGACAAGGUGUUUGGUGUGGACCAGGAGUCUGGGUCCAGGGUGGGCAGUGCUGACCAGAGAGAAAGACUCACCUCCCAAAGGUCUGGCACUGGAGACCGAGGAAAACCCGGACGCAUGGAGACAGAGGUCUUGUCUGAAGAGUUGAUGGUGGGUGGUCCACGCUGGGUGUCGCAGUGGGCUACUCUAGCUGCCAGUCAUAUUAGGACUGACCCUGAAGGGUCAGGAGGCGAAAGCCACAUCUUGGUCACGGAGGACAGAGCUGAUAUAAGUGAAUCCAGCCACUCAGCCUCCUUUGCCUCUACUGGGUACACAGAGCGCAAGAGGAGAACCCUACCCCAGCUGCCUGGUGAGGAUCUCAGCCUAGGAAGGAGGACCCCAGGCUCGGGUCUACGUGCAGAUAUGGGGGAGAAACAGGACACAGAGCUACAGGAGAAAGAAAACCAGGAGGAAAAGGUGAGCAGAGGAAAGACUCGACCUGGCCAGUGCACAGGAGGUGUGGGCAGUCACAGUUGCAGCCCUAGUCGUUCGUCACCAGCCAAGUCGCAGGAUAGUGGUGGUGGGAGGUCAAGUCAGUCAGGUGUGUUGACAAAGCUCCCACCUCGUCCCAUGACUAGCGGGGAAAAAAGAAUGGAGGAAGUACGGAGGAGGAAAAAUGAAGAGGAGAAAGCCAGGGAAAGUAGUGGGAAACCCCUGUUGAGACAGGAGAGCUUCACUGUGGAGAAACCAAGUUCCAACGUCCCUAUAGAGCUCAUACCACGUAUUGAUGGUCUCACAGGCAAAACUCAAUCUAGAGAGCCUGGCAUCGACAGCGCCACACUGCAGAAAGACUCAGAGGCUGUAGCAGCCUUUCUAGAAACCACUGUGUCAGACCAAGGCGAUCCCCCAAGUCAGUCCAUUGAAGGAUCCAUGUCACCAGAGUCAGAUGUUGACACGACAAGUACAGUAAGCCAAGCUGAUGGAGCAAGGAAAGUAGUCCAGAAACGCCGAACUCUAGCAGGACAGCAGAAAGAAAAAACUGUAGUGUGCUCAUCUGGCAAGGGUCCUGCUGGUGGUAGGGAGACCCAGGACAAGAGGGUCAAGAAUAGAACUUCUGGUCCUUCACAGCCAAACCGUCCUUGGACUUCCCUGGAUCUCACUGAUGAUGAUGUCAACUCCAAUUCUCUCUUAUCAGACUCACAGCCCACCUCCACGAAAGACUCCAAAUACUCACAUGCUAGAGGUCAGACAGGGAGCACAACAGUUGGAGCUAGCACUAAGUCUAGCCGGGCUAAGAUCAGUCAAGCUCCUGCCUCUGCUUCCGCCAGUAAAGCCACCAGUGUCCCCAAGCCCAGGCCUACCAGGGCAUCACUGUUGCGGCGAGCCCGGCUGGGGGAUUCCUCUGACACUGAACCUGCUGACCUAGACCGGAUGUCUGUGGCCUCUGAGGCCUCCACUGCUAGUUCCACAUCCAAGACAGGGAUGGCAAAAAGAGGCAUGUCCAGAAUAGAAGCUCUGGCACAGCCAAGGAGGCCAAGAGUGGGCUCCCCGUCUGCCCAGAGUGACUCAGAGGCCACUGUGACAAGGAGUAGAGGUCUGGGUGCCCGCGGUGCAGGUGAUUAUGGCAUCAGGCAAGGAUUGAGAGGGUCCAAUGUGACUUCAAUGCCUGGACCCAGAGCAAGAGCUAACAGUGCCUCCAAGCUACCUGACAAGAGUAAAGGAGCCUCAUCACAUGCCACACCUGCAUCUGGAACUCGGUGGCGCCGUGUACCCGUGGAGUAUGCUUCCACCUCAGAGGAUGAGUAUGGCUCAAAUCGUCACAUAUCCAAGCAGGGGCACACACGGCUAUUCCCGUCUACUCGAGUAGCCCAGCUUGGAGGUUCAGCUCCAGCAACCCCAAAUCCUGCAGGCCUAGCUACCGUGAAGCAGCACUCUAGAGAGCAGGAUGAGUAUAUGAGAGAUUGGACAGCACACAGCGAGGAAAUAGCCAGGAUAAGUCAAGAUCUUGCAAAAGACCUGGCCAUGCUAGCCAGAGAGAUUCAUGAUGUGGCAGGGGAGAUUGACUCAGUGAGCCCUGCAGCGACCGACCCUGGAGCUCUGUUGGAGGAGCAUGUGUUUGAUGACAGUUUGGACCUCGGCGGCUCCUCCACACAGCAUAAUAGCAUUCUGGGAACCAAUGGGCAGUCUGUGGAGCUUCGAUCUCGUAGGUCUAGCGGACAGAGCUCCCGGUCCAUUCGGCGACAGACAUGGAAUAGAGAUGAUGCGGUCCCAGACAAUUUGCUGCUAGCUUCUGUGACUCAGCUGUCAACCAGGAUACGCCAAUCUGUUGACAGAACAACCUGCAAAAUCAGGAUCCUCUUCAAGGAUAAAGAACGAAAAUGGGAUGAGAUUGAGACCAAACUGCAAGCAGAGCAUGACUCCUUACUGCUCAAGAGCUCAAACAAGGAAAUUUCAACCAUCAUUCAAGACUUGAAGAGGGUGGAAAGACAACUGAUGGUAAUUGACAUGAUGGUAGAUCCAGAUGGAACUCUGGGUGCCCUGUCCAACCUGGGCUUGACCAGUCCUCUGACUGACCAGAAGAUCAGCCCAGGGGCUCAGCAGAGGGCAGAUGUGUUACAAACUGAAACAGAAGCUUCUUCACGCACACUUUCAUCCUCCAGGCCUGAAUUACUGUCCACUGAACCUGUUGGAUCUUCAAACCACGCAGAAGUGUCAGAACGAGACCCAGGGCUACAGCAGAGCUCUAAUUCCUACAACUGACAUUCCACGGUGGAAUAAUCCAGAAUGCAAUCUAUUGGAGAUAUCAGACACCCUCAGAGCAGACCCUGGUGUGAGGUUAGACGUUUUUCUGAGAUAAGAUGAGGACCCAGAACAAUGCCUUUUAUAUGGAAAAGUCUCUCUGCUCUGUCAGUCAAAGAAAAUUAUGUUAGGACUCUAAAAUUCCAACACUGUCAAAGGGAAUCUCUUGAGAUGACAGCUCUAUUAUAUGACAAUAUUACACUAUUAACUGCUAGGCUAACGAAGAAGCUUUGACAUCAUAUACAGUAACCCAUCUGUGUUUUUGUGUUGCAGCUCAUUAUCAUUACCCAUUAUUCUUGGAAACAUUUGAGAAAAAGGGCAGAUGUGAUGUUAAACCUAAACCUACCAAAUUCCCUUUUAUAUUCUACUGUUUUGGCUUGAAAUGAGCAAAAGCAGACCAACCUUUUACCUUGCAUUCUUUGCAAGUGACACAAAAGCUUGGCAGACUUAGAGCCAACAUGGAAACCCAAAUUGAAAAGGUGCAAUAGUGUCAAGGAGCCAUGUUUGAAAGUGUUCUUCUGUCCUGCCUAAGAGUUAUUUAUCAAAUUAUUAGGGG